CGCUCCAGCUCUGAACAGCUGAUUUCUCAUGCACGUGCGCCAUGUGCCAAUGCCAAGCGCAAAGCUUCGUAACGUGUAAAAUAAAUAUCGCAAUUAAAUACACCGAUACACGGUAUUUAAGUUUUGUUUGAUAGACUUUAUCAUCAUGUCAGAACCGGUGCCGUUACCGCAGAAAAAGUAUUACAGGCAACGCGCUCACUCGAAUCCCAUAGCAGACCACUGCAUAGAAUAUCCUGUGAAACCUGACUUAAUGGACUGGAGUUCGUUGUAUCCGUAUUAUUUUCCAAUUGACAAAGUAGAAUCUAACGAAACUAAUACACAGCAAAAAUGCGUGGAGUUUGCAGACAUUGGCUGUGGCUAUGGUGGAUUACUAGUUACACUAUCCCCCAUGUUCCCUGAUAGUCUGAUCAUCGGAAUGGAGAUUAGAGUGAAAGUUUCAGACUAUGUUACGGAUCGUAUAAUUGCAUUGAGAUCACAGAACCCUGGGCAAUACCAAAACAUUGCAUGUUUAAGGUCUAAUGCAAUGAAGUAUUUACCAAACUACUUUCACAAAGGGCAGUUGAAGAAGAUGUUUUUUUUGUAUCCGGAUCCACAUUUUAAAAAAUCAAAACAUAAAUGGAGAAUUAUAAACAAAACACUCCUGGCGGAGUAUGCUUAUGUUUUAGCUGAAGGAGCUAUUAUAUAUACAGUGACAGAUGUGAAAGAUCUACACGAAUGGAUAGUACAGCACUUUCGAGAGCAUCCUUUGUAUGAUGAUGUUUCCAAGGAGGAAUUGGAUGCAGACCCAAUCGUGGAGAAAUUAUAUGAAAGUACAGAGGAAGGCCAAAAAGUAACAAGGAAUAAAGGAGACAAAUUUCUAGCUGUAUUCAAACGAAUUCCAGAUCCGUAUAAUAAGGAAAUUAGUUAAUAUCGGCUACUUACCGCAAUAUAUGUAUAUAAAUAAAAUUAUUUUCUAUGAUCAA